AUGAAAGAUUCAUCAUCCUCUUUAUCAUCUUCUUUAUCACUUUCACCUGGAGGAAUAUCAGAGUUGUUAAUACUAAAGAUCAUUAAUUACAUUGAAUACAAUCAAGAUAUAGUAUGUCUGUUGAUGACAUGUAAAGCAUACUAUAGAGAAUUCAAGAAAAAGUAUGCACAGGUUAUUACUUUUAAAGAUAUUGAUACUCAAAGCACAUCACAGAGAUCAAUUAUUGGUACAUACAUGAGACCAUUUAAAGAUAUCUACAAUGCAUCACUUGCAACUAUUAGAACAAACAAAAAUCACGAGAUUGCCAAUCCACCACCUCAAACAUCUACAACGCUAUCGAGGACAUCGGUAGAGGCGAUAGAGUUUUUAAAAACAAUCAAAGACACAACCAAAUUGACAACAUUAGUUUUGAAUGGGUUCACAGGUGACAUUAAAGAUGUUCUACUUGCAUCUGUUGAUACUAUGGUAAUAGAUAUCAAGGUACAUGUACCUCGCUUUCCAACCAUCUCUCAAUGGACUUGUGCUCUUACCCAUUUGACUAUCCAAUCAAGUAGAAUCAUCCCAAUUGUUCACUUACCACCGACUCUGGAAGAUUUGGUCAUCAAUUAUCGCUGCAGGGAUAUAUUCUCACUUGACCUAUCCAACUUGGUCGCUCUCAAGCAACUCCAUAUCAUGACCUUGUGUCCUACUCCCAUACCAGCCUCCAAUAUUCUCCUUCCCAAUCCCAACACAUCACUCACCCUUUUAAAUCUAAAAAUGCUCCUCGACCCAACAAGCAUCAAUCAAUCGUUCUUCCCACCAAACCUUGAGCGUUUCUUUGGAGAUCAAUCUCUCUUUGCAACCACCAAUAUCAAACCCCCUCAAAAGGCCACUUCAAUUGCUAUUGGUGGCAUCAUGAAAAAAAUACCACCAAACUUUUUCCCACCUUGUCUUUUGGAAUUGGAUUUGAUACUUGACAAUGAUUCAACCGUACUUGAUCCGUGGGUAUUUCCUCACGGACUUGAAAUAUUGGAUAUUCCCCAUUUCAGUGUUAAAAUGUCACCAGAAUUUGUACCAGACUCUGUUGUUCGUCUGGAGGUCAAUGUUGAAAACCCUGAAUUUGCUAUUUUUCCGAGCGGAUUAAUUUCAUUUACUACGUCAACCAACCACGAAUCACCAUUCAACUAUCCACCCACUUUGCGUCAUUUGGAAUACGCGAAAUGUCAACAUCCUCCACCAUUCAUCUACUUACCAACCUCACUCGAAACAUUCCAAUGUAUAAUCACCAAUUCCAAAGGUACACCAUUUAUUUACACGCUUCCAUCAACCUUGGUAAUCAACAAUGAUAAUACUUCACCAACCGAUAAUCCUCUUCAUUUUAUAUUGCCCUCUCGUCUGGCGAAGCUAAUUAUUUACAAGGAUGGUCCAGAGAAUGAGAGUUUUAGUAUUCGCAUUGAUCCUAUCAUCAAUUGUUCAAAUGUCCAACAUUUAUCGAUUACAAAUAUAGGUCCAAGAUUGGAUAUUCAUAUUAGAAGAUUAGAUAAUGGUGAUGUAUUGUUAAACUCUGGUGAUACUUUUUUUGGUGGCAUCUAUAGACAACGUAGAAUGGAAAGCACUACCUUUGGUAAUCGAAGUCCACUAGAUUUCCGUGCACUCUAUUUAAAUUUUAAAUUAAAUGGAAAUCAUUUCAAUCUAUAUCCUAGUAAUACUCCAAUUAAAUCAAUUGAUACAAAUAUAAUAUAA